AUGCUGAGCGUCUACGCGACGUGGGCGCUAUGCUUGGCUGGCGCAAAUGCUGCGCCGGCGAACGAUGCAAGCGUGGAGUCUAGGUGGAGCGCUGGUGCGUCGGCGAAUUUAAGCGUCGACCUUAAUUAUGCUGUAUACCAGGGCGUCUACAAUGCGACGACUGACCUCAAUGUUUGGAAAGGGAUCCGCUAUGCAGCUCCCCCAACGGGCAACCUCCGCUGGAAAGCACCGCAAGCGCCAGAGAAAAAUCGCACGACGCAGUUGGCGACUUCUUUCGGGCCGGCGUGUCCUCAGGUAUAUCCGGCUGUUCCCAAUGCGCCGUUCGUUCCCGGCAACGAGGACUGUCUAUUCCUAAACGUCUACGCACCGCCGCUGAAUGACACGAAGAAGCUCCUUCCUGUGCUAGUGUGGAUUCACGGCGGUGGAUACGGCAUCGGCGAUGGGACGCAGGAUAUGAGUACGAUUAUCAAUGCGAAUGAGAAGGGGUUUGUGGCUGUGGCGAUUCAGUAUAGGCUCGGUGCUUUCGGGUUUCUCUCAUCUGAGGAGGUCAAGGCGAAUGGCGUCACGAAUGCUGCGCUCCUCGAUAUGGCCUUCGCACUUCAGUGGGUGCAAACGCACAUCGAGAAGUUCGGCGGGGACAAGAAGAAAGUGACGAUUUCCGGGGAAUCAGCAGGUGGCGGCGCGGUUAUGCUGCUCGGAAUCGCGAAAGGAGGAAUACUAGGGACCUCUUUAUUCAGAAGCGGCAUCACUGCAUCCCCCUACCUCCCCCCGCAAUACCCCUUCAACGCCAGCAUCCCCACCCAACACUUCCGCGACUUCUCUGCUCAAGCUGGCUGUGGUUCCAACUCAACCUCCGCCACUUCUACCCUCUCCUGCCUUCGCUCCGCCGACAGCCUCGCCCUUCAAAUGGCAAACUACAACGUCACUAUAACGGGCACCUUCGGCACCUGGGCCUUCCUCCCCGUUACCGACUAUUCCUUCAUCCCGUCCACGCCCAGCGUCGCUCUCGCCGCCAAGCGCGUAAACGGCAAGAGUAUGCUAGUCGGGAACAAUGCGAAUGAAGGCCCCCUGUUUGUCCCGCCGACGAUUACUACCCUGGUGGAUCUGAGAGCGUGGUUGCAUCUCGAAUUCCCGACCCUGAACGACGCAGAUAUCCAGGCCAUUCUAGAUGCCUACCCGAGCAGUGAUGCGCCGGUCGAUCCCAUGGCGCUGCGGUUUGCGACGGAUGGCUUGAAUCCGCCGUUUGCCGUUAAUGUUAGCCAGGCGGCGACGGGGCAGCUGCAGAGGGGAUAUAACAUAUACGCCGAAGCGACGUUCAUCUGCCCCGGCUACUGGCUCAACAGCGCCUAUGCCUCCAACUCCAGCUCCGGCGGCUCCUCCUCGUACCACUACCAAUACAGCGUCCCGUUCGGCUCGCACGGCGACGACGUAGCCGGAUACUUCGGUCCCAGCACGCCGAAUCAAUCGCCCAGCUUCUCCCUCGCGUUUCGCCAAAUUUGGGGGAACUUUAUCCGCACCUCUAACCCCUCCGUGGCUUCGGACCCUGUGUUGGCUAGUUUCCCGACCUGGACGGGUGGGCAGGCGACUAGGAUGCUGAAUCUGAAUCAGACGGGUGGGACGCCGUAUGUGGCGGCGUCGAAUGCGGGCGUGAACGUGACGCAGUUUACGGAGCCGGGGUUGCAGAAUGAUUUCAGGGCUGUGGAUGCGUUUGCUUGGGAGGGUGGACGGGGGAAGCGCUGUGAGUUUUGGCGGAGCAUCGCGGAUCGGAUUCCGAUCUAG